AUGGACGAGGAGACCGUCCAGCCGAUCCCCAAUCUCAAGCUGCAGCAGCACCUUUUUUUGCUUGCGCACCAUUCGCAGCACCUCUCGCCAUCCGCAGUGAAUGCUCCACAACAAGCAUUGCUCGAAGGAAUUGAAAAGGAUGAAAUGGCACCGUACUACCACCUUAUUCUAAGCGAUGCUUCGCUCAAGGGACUGUUGAAGGAGGACAAGUCGCUGCUCAAGCGACUCGAGGCGAAGAACAAGGAGGAGCUUCAGAAGCUGGACGAGAAGCAGAAAGAGGUGGAAGAGAACGAAGGAGAGAUGGAGAUCAACGGUGUACUGCGACAGAGGGCUGUGUACUAUGCCAGGAUUGGUGACAAGGAAAAGGCAUUGGAGGCACACGACCUCGCCGUAUCGAAGGGUGCAGGGCUCGGGUCGAAGCUGGAUUUGACGCUGACCAAGGUGCGCAUCGGAUUGUUCUUUGGCGACACGGAUGUUGUCAAUGCGUCGAUUGCGGAGGCGAAGAAGCUGGUGGAAGAGGGGGGUGAUUGGGAGCGCAGGAACCGGCUCAAAGUAUACGAGGGCUUGCAUCUGCUCUCGAUUCGCGAUUUUAAAGCGGGAGGCCAACUCUUCCUUGACGCACUCAGCACAUUCACAGCAACCGAGCUCAUCGACUACAACGAUUUCAUCACGCUGACAGUCCUCGCCAACGCUUUGGUGCUCAAACGUACCGAUCUGAAAAAGAAAAUCAUCGACUCGCCCGAAGUGCUGCAGGUCAUCGACGAGAUUCCACAUCUGCGCGCAUUCGUCACGAGCCUGUACGCAUGUGAGUACGGCAACUUUUUCCGUGCGCUCGCUGAUGUCGAGCAGACGCACAUUCUUACUUCGCGCGCUCUCCACCAGCACGCACGCUUCUACGUGCGGGAGAUGCGCAUCAUUGCCUACUCGCAGUUGCUCGAGAGCUACCAGUCGCUGUCGAUUGAGAACAUGGCUACGGCAUUUGGCGUCUCGGGUGACUUCAUCGACAGCGAGCUUUCCAGAUUCAUCUCGUCCGGUCGUCUGCCAGCGGUGAUCGACAAGGUGCACGGCGUCGUCGAAACGCGUAGACCGGACCACAAGAAUGCACAGUACACAAAGAUCAUCAAGGAGGGUGACGUUUUGCUCAACUCGCUGCAAAAGCUUUCUCGUACUGCUCUGUAG